AUGGUGCAGCAUCGCUCUUUAAAAACAGCAUUAAUGUGCCACGAUGAAACUCAAUGGACUGAUACAUUACCAGUAGUACUACUCGAACUGAGAACUUGUCUCAAAGAGGAUCUAGGCGCUUCUGUAGCGGAAUUAGUGUACGGCACUACGUUCAAAGUACCGGGUGAAUUUUUUUUCUCUGAAGAAAUGCCGAGCGGCCCACGAAUUUUCGUCGAGGAUUUCCGCGUAAUUAUGCAAAAGUUGCGGCCUAGACCAACCUCUCAUCACAUUAGACCUAAGCUAUUUUUCCAUAAAGACUUGUAUAACUGCUAUCACGUCUUCUUCAAAGUAGAAGGCAACAAACGUCCUCUGGAUCAACCAUACACCGGACCGCAUAAGGUAUUAGAGCGCAUUUCGGACAAAGUCUUUGCUAUAGAAGUCGACGGCAAAUGCAUCAACGCCACUGUCGAUAGACUUAAGUCCGCUUAUAUAUUAAUCCAAGACUCAGAAACUACUCUGUCCACUGCGUCUUCAACUAAUAUUCCAGUGCAAGGUGAACCAAAGACAUAUCCUAGUCCAGCAACCAAGCGAAAGACUGUUAAUUUUAAGAAUUAA